UUGCAGCCAGCGAACAUGUCUUUCGUGGACACUCUGCGGCAGUGGGAUGAGGCUGUGACCUGUGCUGACAAGCAGGACUGGUCGGAGGCUCUCAGCAUCUUCCUGUCCAUUCAACAACCAAACUCCAAAAUUUGUUUUGACAUCGGCUGCCUCCAUCUUCUCAAUCAAGACCUGGAUGCUGCAGAAAAGGCGUUUGAUUGCAGCAUACGUAAGGAUGAGCAUUUGGCAGUUGCCUUUUUUCAAAGAGGAAUAACCUUCUUCAAAAAAAAGAGGUACGAGGAGAGCUCAGCUGAUUUUCAGAGAGCUUUCAAAGCACUCAGAAACAACCAGCUGAUAGAUUACAAGGCACUCGGGCUCAGAUACAUCCUAUAUGCAUGCGAGGUUCUCCACAACAUAGCUCUGGCUGAGGCUCAUUUGGGUAACUGGGAAGAAGCCCAAGAAAACCUGGCGAAGGCCCUGGACUACAAAACAGAGGCCAAGCUCAGUAUCAUCGACAAAGCCCUGCAGGUGACUCUGAAACAAAAGCUUUUCAAACUAGUCGAGUUCCCAUCAAAAAUACUGUUUAAACCAAACAAGAACUACGUAGCAGAGCUGGAGAAGAAGGACUACCUGGGAAAAGCAAAGGUUGUUGCUUCUGUUAUUCCACAAGACGAGUUUUCUGGGUUCGCUCCGUUGCAGCCGCAGGUUGAAGACGGUCCAGCUGCUCCUAGAGAACCAGAGACUCUGAGAGCUUUGGAAGGGGAGGCCCACACUGUGCUGUUUGAGUUUGUUCCUGAAACCAGCAAUGAGUUGGCUGUAGUGCCAGGCAACAUUGUGUUUGUGUUACAGAGGGGGGCCGACAACUGGGCAUAUGUGGUCUUCAAUGAAAGGAGGGGACUGGUUCCUUACAACUACCUGGAGCGUUUGGACAUCUCCCUCGGUCCAAGAGAGAUCAGGGGUGUGUCUAGACUUCACAGCCGAGAUGCUCCAAGCAGACCAGAGACGAGUCAAGGUCCUGCUAUGGAAGACAGCAGCAGCAAGAAUACUCAGCACCAGCAGCCAACAGAAACCUCUUAUUUCAUCAAAAUCUACUUCACCUUUAACUUCGCGGUCUCUGUCCCACACGGGUCUCCUUAUGAGGUUCUGGAAGAGAAAAUCAGUAAGAAGCUGAAUCUCCCCUCCGCAGCCAUCUCUUUGAGCUCAGAUGCUCAAGGAAAAAAGAUGAUUGAUAAAACAAAUAUGAAAGAAGUAUGGAGGCGUGCUCAGGAUGGACGCAUCUCACUGUGGUGCACGGCCAAAGAGCAAAUUGAUGGAAAGUCACAGAAAGAGAUUUACUUGGUGGCGCUUCAUACCUACGAGUCUUCUAACCCAGAGGACCUGAGCUUUCAGGAGGGAGAUAAAAUCAAACUGCUUUCCACAGUGAACCAGGACUGGUUGGAGGGGGAGUGUAAUGGGAACACUGGUAUAUUUCCUGCCUCAUUUGCAGAGGAAGUUCAAACAAACGAACAAUAGUGGUUUCAUGUUGUUAGUGUGUUGUACUCUACACACAAGGCAGAAAAUCAUGUUAUAUUAAAUUAUUCAUUCGUUACAGAAAUAAAAACUGAUGAUGGCAGAUGUGAUAAAAAAACAAUCAUUUAUUAUAUGGAUAUAGUCCAUUUAUAAGCAAAUAAAUUAUCCUUAAGAUGCUGUGAUGACAUCAAUAAAUCAUGAUGUUCCUUCCUCUUCGUAUGCGAUAGCUAUGCCUCUCCUGCCCUCUACUGCCUUCACUACAGGAGUCUCUCCCAGCUUCUGCUCCAGGCCCUGCCAGCUUCGACCGGACAGAAAAGAUGCUACAAAACACAGAAAAAGAGAAAAGCCAAAUGUGUUGGUUACCUCAGACUGUAGGACAAAACGCAACAGAAAUAAACAUAUUGAAUUGCAGCAGAUGUUUUGGACUGUUCUGUACCUGCCGAGUUGGCGUUGGCUACAGUCAGAGUCUGGUUCCUCAGAACCACAGAGGAGCCAAACGACGACUCUACAGGCUCGCCGUUCAGCAGGUUCUGGCUCCGCAGGGCUCCGGUUAUUAACGACACAUCGGUUGAAUAGUCAUCUUCCUGCUGGUCACACAUUGGCACGUGACUCUGUCCACCUGUACCAGGGAAAAGGAAACUUAGAUGAAAUAAAACGAGUUAUUGGGGAUAGAAAUCGCAGGGAGUGGCAUUCUUUUACUAUUUUAUUUACUCUCAAAGUAAAAGAGCAACAUCCUGGCAGAAUCAGAAUACAGGAGAGGAAAUGGAUCUUCAUUAGUUAUUAAAAACCUUUCAGUAGUGAAUUAAUUUAAGCAACAGUCUUCUGAUGUGUGACAUUAAUAGAAAAGACUUAAUUUAAUUUUACAGCAUGAUAUAAACAGAAUGCCAACAUACUUUGUAUUAAAUAAACUUCCCAAAUCCCAA